AUGAUAAAAUAACCUUUCCUAAUUUAUAUUUGUUCUUUUUUACCCGUUACUAGUUGGAGAGUGACACCGACUUUUGGAGCUACAGCUUAAUCCUCUUGCUCUGUAGGCUAUAGCUACCUUAUCGCCAAGCGCAACUGGCUCCUCACUGUUGCUUCCUUUGCUGCCAUGUCGACAUCCACCAAAUCCUUUCCCUUUUCCCCUUCUACUUGUUGCUUCUCUCGGGCUCCAUCUCCCCCCAUUCGAAAUCUUUUUCCUUCACCUUUGCUCUCAUUUGCCGCACAGAAACUACCUUUACACUUUCUGGGUCCUCAAGAUUCCAAGCUUUUACUACUCAAAUGCAACGCCCUUGCCGUCAAUGACAGCUCUACCAAUUCUUUCGUCGAUUCGGGGAUGCUGCUGUUUUCACUCUUUCGAGAAAUUGGGUUCAAUGAGAGAGAUACUGAAGCCCUUUUGGACGCUCACCCGGUAAUCAAUUUGACCCCCUUUGAAUCCAUACGUACACGCAUUCAUUCUUUGCAGUCACUUGGGGUCAGUGGGCUUUCGCUUUCGCGAUUGAUUGUGAAAAGACCAGAGGUAUUAACAGCUGCGGAGAUUGAUUCCGCUGUUUGUUUUCUUCUCAAGGGUGAUUUGGAAUUGGCAGGAAAGAUCAAACCUUCACAGAUUGAACAUCUUUUUAACUCAACAGAACCAAGAUUUCUUGCAGGAUUUGAAGCAAAGGUUAGAAUGUUAAUCGAAUGUGGGAUUACCCGAGAAACGAUUGUUCACGUUCUCAACAAUGCUAAUUUAACAAAGGCAUUUUGUCUGAAGUCGUUUGAAGAUAUUGAAAGAAUGCUCACUUUCUUGAACCGUUUUGGUGGUGCUGAUUUGAUUCUUCGACGGCCAGCGCUACUCAAUUAUGACCUUGAUGCGCAGUUGAUUCCUAGGGUGGGGUUCCUGUUCGAGCUGAGUGGAGGUGAUGAGACUGGAACUGCAACCGUGUUGCGUAAGCUGCCGUUUGUUGUAGCAUACACUGUUGAUCACUUAAAAGAUCACGUAGAGUUCUUGAAAUCAUUUGCUGGUUUAAGUGAGGAGGAGAUUUUUCGAAUUGUUUUGGUUUAUCCCAAUAUGUUUAGCGCCAGCAGGGAAAGGAAAUUGCAUCCCCGAAUUGAUUUUCUAAAGAAAUGUGGGUUGAGUUCACAUGAUAUAUUUAGGUUCUUAAUAAAAGCUCCUUUAUUUCUAAGUCUGUCGUUUGAGGGGAAUCUCGCUUACAAGCUGGUCUUUUUGGUGAAGAUUGGGUAUAAGAAGAAUACUAAGGAAUUGGCAAUGGCAAUGGGAGCUGUUACCAGGACUAGCUGCAAAAAUAUGCAAGAAGUUAUUGGCGUAUUUUUGAACUAUGGCUUGACUUUUGAUGACAUUCUGGAGAUGAGCAUGAAGCAUCCGCAGGUAUUACAGUACAAUCAUGAGUCAUUGGAGGAGAAGAUGAACUACUUGGUUGAGGAGAUGGGUCGUGAAGUUGGGGAGCUAUUGGCUUUUCCUGCAUUUCUUGGGUACAAGUUUGAUGGAAGGAUUAAACACAGGUACGAAGAGAAAAGGAAGAUCUUAGGGGAAGGCAUGUCACUCAAUAAACUUCUGAGUGUGUCUGCAGCAAGAUUCUCAACAAAAAGCAAGAGGAAGCAACGAGUUCCUGCCAUUAAUGGCCUCAAUGAGAGUGAUGACUGAUUGGAAUGAAUUUUUGUACAUAAUGUUGUCAAAAGCAUAUGAAAACCUCUAUUAAAUAUUAAACCCAAAGGUAUGAUGGUUCCAUUAGAUCAAUUCAGUUUUGCAAAUUCCUAGUUUUGCUUCUUUAGCCCAAGUAUGGCACGUGCCUAUGGACAUAUUUGCAGAGGAAUGGAAGAACAUCUGGUCAACACCUUUCGUUGGCGGCACAUUGGAUGUUGGGUUAUUGGAGUUCGUCAUGGCUGAGUGAGGGCAUGAUUUUAACUUUUAGGCUGUCUUUCCGAAAAGGUUUGGUGAGCGUCCUUGCGUUAUUCGUAAAUAUGGCUUCUUAUGAAGUAUGAUCGUCCAUAGUGCAAAUGCUCAAUACAACUUUUGUCAUACAACUGAAAGUUGACAGCACACUGGAACUGCUAUUUAUGUUGAAGAUGUACUACAGAGCUCACUCUUUAAAAAUAAUAGCGGUGGUCUAUAUAAACCAUGGAUUCAUAUCUUCUUCUCAUCAAAUGGGCUUAUCUUGAGCAACAUUGGCAGAAACAUCAUUAUAAAUGUGGACAUUAUGAUCAAAAGAAACACUGCAGAAGUUAUGUUGGUGAUUUCAUGAAGAGUCAAACAACCAAUUUCUGGAUGAACAUGAAGUUGAGAUAUUUCCCACUUUCUGGAAAGCCAUCUUGCGCAUCCUUCCUUUUUCCUUUGGAAAUAUGAAUCAGCACCUUAGUCUUUAGCAGCAGCUUUCUUAAUUUUUCCCGAAAGAAUUUGCAGCAGCUGAGGGCAACAUUUUUAGUUUUCAUGAUUAAGUCAAUCAUUCUUGUUGGCCACACCAGGCUAUUUAGAUCUCUUGUUUUUUGGACAACAGCGGUGUCUGGAUCAAUUUGCACACACAUCAACAAUUCCACUGUAUACUUGCAUUCUUCUAUCGUUCUGUUUGUAUAUGUAUGAGAUAACUCUGUCCAUUAAGACGGAUUUGACCCUGCCCUCCCUUGGUUCUCCUUCUAAUGGGCACAUGUUUGGUGAAAUGGCUUUUAGAUCCUUUCUGAUCUUGCCAUAAUUUGGUCUCACCUGUUCAGUAGGAUAUGCAAAAACUUCUGGUUUC